AUGUUGCCCCUUGGUCUCGACUCUAUGCUCCCUCUUGGGAAAGCCCAGGCAACGCUCAGCGCGCAACCCCCUGUUCUGCUAAGAGGCUUAAUUGGGGUGCAACCAGAAAUCGCAUUUGUUUCAAGCACGAUCAGUCACAGCCAAUAUAUCACUUUACCAGACACGCUUGUUUGCCUUUGCGAUACCAUCGCAUCGGGAUGCCUGUUGCGCGUCGAGGUGCUCUUUGUAGCUGACGAUACUGGAGACGAGAUAGGCAACAGCGUAGCUUGGGAUGGUGUAAAAAUCGAAAGCCCUGAAGACCACGUUUACCCCUCCCCCGUCAUCGUGGGAAUUCUCUCGGUGUUACUGUCUUGGCCGAUCUUUGAGCCUCCUAACGAAUGGUCACUUGCUGACCUGGUAGGGAAUUACAAUGAGUCAUUCAGGCAAGCUGCUGAAUAUACAUUCCCUGGGGUCCACAACGCGGAAGUCUCCAUCAGUGCUUUCAAUAUGACUUUCGAAAUGAGGCUCUGUGUCGGAGCUUGUGGAGCAAGUAGGCAUUGUAUGGUUGCAUGGACGAUAGUAGAUAGAUAUGAAAUGCAUUCAUCCGUAUAUGCGGCUGUAAAAUUUCAAAAUUCAUGCUUUGCGAUUCUUUCGACAAUUCAGGCUGAAGAUCCUCUGGUCAGGAACUGUCUUGCCUCUUGGGAUAUUGAAUUCUUCUGGCUGGCAUUUUAG